AUGGUACUCUGUGCCUCCCGUCUGAUUCUGUCUCUUAUCGGGCUACCUGUUUUCUCUUUCGAUGAAGUUUCUUGGUCUAAUGGAUCCAACACCAGUUUGGUUCAGCCGCUUGAUGCACGCAGUCGAGGAUUGACCACAAAAAGGUCACUAUUCAGCGCUGAGGACGACUAUGAUGGGGAUGAUGAGGCGAUUAUGGGACCUAUAUUUACUCAAUUCCUCCCUGACUCUGAAACUCAAAUGAUUGUCGAUAUGGAUUUCUUUAAGCACUUUUUCAACUAUGCUGAAGUUUACAGGGACGGUAUCGAAAGAGGUAACGUGGAUUUGAUGCGAUACGCAGUAGAGUUUGUGGACAGGCUAAAGAAAUUCGAUGUGUCAUCAGCUUGUAUCGCUGACGCUCUCCAUUAUGUCUGGACAGCGGUUGAGUACGCUACUCACGUGGAACGACACAGGAACUGCACUGAUUGCAAGUGCACUCCUUUUUUCCAACAGAAGAAGAAUGAACGAUCAUGGGUAUUCAAUGAUUUUCUGUGGAGUUUAACACUGAUCCCAGCAACCAUAGUGAAACUUUACCAUUGGCCUGAUGUUUCGACAACCUCACCUUUAUCAGAUUCCUGGAAAUUGCUCGAGGUCUUUGGUGAUAUGCUAUGCAUAUCUUAUCAGCCCGUAAUCAGCAUCGAAAAUUACACCAUAUACUGCGGCGAUGCUGAUGAGAACAAAGUAGGGGGCUGCGCGAUAGCUGUGAGGAACGAUUACAAGAAUCUGGUGGAGGAAUUUGGCUCAACGUCGUCUAGAUGCGCCUUUUUACGACUGCGGGAUCGCGGAGGACGUAAACUCUGGAUCGUAAGUGCUCACGCACCUACGGAAACCGCUGAGGGCGACAGUAAGGACGCCUUCUAUGAUGAAAAUCAAUGCCUUGAUGUCUAA